CAUAACCUCGAACUUUCUGUAUGAAUACUUUUUUCGCGUCAAAUGGCCUUUAACCACAGUCUUCCAAUUUUCUUGUCCUUCGGGAAUUGAUGUACUCCAAUUUCUGAGCAUAUUGGUACAAAACAACGCGUCAUUGUGCUUAAAAUAAUUUUUAAUCAAAAAUUCCAAUACAAAUAUUGAAUGUUAUGGGAACAAUGCACACCAGCGCCACUUUGACAGUUGCCAACCCCAUUGUGACGUCUACCUUGACGAUUUUUCUAAUAUUUAUGGAAACUUUAAACAAUUUUAACUCGUAAACCGUGAGCCGUGAGUUAAGCCGGUCAUAAUGAAUCCAAUGACAAAUGUGAAGAAUGUUUUAAAGCUUAGUGAACAUGAAUUAGGAAGCAGCUCAAAAACUUCUUGGCAUGAUCAAUAUAAGGACAGUGCAUGGAUAUUUGUUGGUGGACUUCCAUAUGAUUUGACUGAAGGAGAUGUUAUAUGUGUAUUUUCUCAGUAUGGUGAAAUUGUAAAUAUAAACAUGGUAAGAGAUAAAACAACUGGGAAACCAAAAGGAUUUGCAUUUUUGUGCUAUGAGGAUCAGAGAUCAACAAUUUUAGCAGUUGACAAUCUGAAUAGUAUUAAGAUUCUUGGGCGUACAUUACGUGUUGAUCAUUGUGAACAGUAUAAGGUUCCAAAUGCAGACAUGAGCAAAAUUGAUGAAGUCACAGCUGCAAUAAGGAUGGAAGGAUGUGCUCCAGUUGCCCCAAAAAUUGAAAUCGUGAAAAAGGAAAAUGUAAAAGAAGGGAAAGUAAAGAAAAAGAAAAGCAAAGAGAAAAAGAGCAAAAAAAAGAAGAAAAAAAUUAAAGGUUCAGGCACUACUUCUAGUGAAUGAAAAUGUAGAGCGUUCUUUUGAUUUAGCUUUUUUAUUAUAAAAUAAACUGGAUCGCAAACUGGACGCAAAUCAUGAUUCCUAUGGUUUCUGUUG